AUGAAAGGCUGGUCCUGCACUGCCCUCGGAUACCCCAACACGGUGGUUCCUGAUUUCAGCGCCGCCUCUCGCUUCCCCCCAUUAGACGAUUCACACUCGCAGUCACCACAAGUAAUGUCACCGGAGUUCAACACGAGACAUAACGUUGUUUGUAGAAGGUAUGUGUUUGACGCAUUAAGCAUUUCAGAUCUCAAAGCUAAAGCAGCCAGCUCGAGCGCGCAGCAUCCCAGUCGCGUCGAGGUUGUGACCGCGCUCCUUUGGAAAUGCGCCGUGAAAGCAUCCAGAUCAAGGUUGACAUUCCAACAUCUAAAACAGACGUAUGUAUUGAUCGGAGUGGCGAACCUGCGUUCAAGGCUUGUCCCGCCCUUGCCACAAUAUUGUUUCGGAAACAUAUUUGGGGUGCUAAGAGUGGUCGUAGUGGCUGAUCACACUGAAACAGAAUUAGACUUUCCCGGAUGGGUCUCUCGCGUUAGGAAAGGGUUUGCGGAGUCUUGCGAUAUCGCGGUGAAGAAACUGCAAGGCGAUGAUGAUGAAUGUGUAUCGGAGACUAAAGCUUCUUCAGCAAUUGAGGUUGGAAAUCAGGGACCACAGCAGAAAGAGGUCAAAGCACAAGAUAGAAGAAGCUUGUUGAGCCAUUCUAGUUUGUGCAGAUUCCCAUUUUACGAUGCCGAUUUUGGGUGGGGGAAGCCUGUAUGGGUAAGCGUUGGUUACUUGGUUCCCCAGAAUGCAAUGUUGUUGAUGGAUACAAGAGAGGGUGACGGUGUUGAAGCUUGGGUGAGUUUAUCUAAAGAAGAGAUGGCGUUGUUCGAGCGUGACCCGGAGUUGCUGGAAUUUGUUUCUCUGAAACCAAGUGCUCUCUAA